AUGGGAGGUGGGGGAGGCGAAGUCUUUGUGGUGUGAAUUGGGGGCUCAUUUAGGGUCCCAUCAAACACUGUCCUUUAAAACUUUAUUACCCCAAGCCGGCGUUGCCCCAUUGGUCGCAUUUCAAACUUAGUCUCCACGAAGAGCCCCUUACUUCCGGAAGCCCCUGUCACCGAGUGCAAAGGUACUAGGAGAUUUUUGGGCGUCCUGCGUCUUUCCCAGGACGUUAGAUUGCGUUCUCUCUCCCUCUCCUCUCCCUUUCUCCUGCCUCUCUUUCCCUCCUGUUUUUGUUGCGUUGCUGGUGUUGGACCCCAGGGCCUCGUGCAUGCUAAGCAAGCGCUCCAGCACUGAGCCCCAGCCCCUUAGGCUAAGAGCGCGCCCCCCCGGAGGCAGCCCCGUCCUGUUAGGGCUCUUCACACGGAUCCUAGGUCACUGCCUUCCUCCCAGCGGGGACUGGGGCCGCCCCGUCAGCAGUUGAGCUUUGCGGGAGCCUGGGAGCGACGCCUCCCUCUGCAAGGAAGUCUGGGCGGCCCUGCCCCGCACCCGAGGAGCGAAGGCCCGGCCCUUGCUCCCUUGCUGCAUGGGAUUUCCGAGGAUCAGGGUGGCCAGGGCGGUCACUGAGUUAUGGAGGGAUAAGCACCGGGGCCUGGGCUGGUAGCGACCAGGUAGAACUGAGUCUGCAUCGCAGGGUCAAGAGGCGGUGGAGAAAGUGUCCGGUGGGAGGGCCUGCACGGCCCAGACCGAGAGGUGCGCGAUCCUUGCACUCGGCGCACUGAUUUAUGGUGGCUGCGUUAGAGGGGGAGUGGUGAACCUGCCCGGAGCUGGCACUCCAAAGACAGUGAGGCAGAGGGAGGAAGGAAAAGGGUCAGAAGUGGGAUUUAAAAAGAAGUUCCCCCACUUUGGGCAAGUUAGAGAUGAUGGGGAAAUAGGUGCCCCGAGAAAUGACCAGGGCUUGCUCCAGACUUCCGACGCUGGAACAGCAGAUACUCAAACGACUCAGGUCACUCGGCGGUCGCUUCCUUAAAGAGUUAUUCAGCCUCCGAAGGCCCCUACAAGGACACUGGAGCCUGCGUCUUCGCCCCGAUCCUUUCCUAAACUGCGCCGAAGAGCGCCUAGGGCUCCCCUUUUCCACCCAAUCAGAGAUCAUCAGUAAUCCUGCUAGCUGGCAAGAGAAGCCUCUUUCCACUCUCCAUUGACCAGUUGGUUGGUGACGCAGAAGAUGGGCAUCUGCAUUGACCACUGGAGACAGACAGAAGGGAGGGUCUCCCGUCUCCUUGCGGAGUGGCGCUGGAAGGUGGUCGUUGUGACUGGGGGAUUUAGAACUUUCGGUUUGAAGGACUAGCGAGAAAACCAACGAAAGUGGGAAGAAGGAGGGGCUUCUCAGGAGGUGUGGAGAGUCGCUUCUAUUCGGAGGUCCUAGGGAGGCCGGGCAAUGCCAGAAAUCCGACCAAUCAAACUGGAGUUUAUUUUAAGGCGGCGGGGUUGGCGAAAUGACUGGCAGAAAGCGCGUGCCUAUAAGGAGUGUUUCAGCCAAACGAGGGCGGGUCCUCCUGCAGAACGGCGUGGAGAGUAUCCAAUAGGCUCGCAGGCGUGAGGAUGCUUCCCCUCCCCCCACGGCGGGGCCAGUGGCUCCCCCUAUCGGGUGGGGGCGGCGGGUGACGGGCGUGUCCCUCCCCCAAUGAGAGGCGGGGGGAGGCGGGUUCUGCGCCGCCAUGUCGCGGAGGCUGCUGCCCCGGGCGGAGAAGCGGCGUCGGCGGCUGGAGCAGAGGCAGCAACCGGACGAGCAGCUGAGGCGGUCGGGAGCGAUGGUGAAGAUGGCGGCGGCGGGAGGCGGCGGCGGCGGCGGCCGCUACUACGGUGGCGGCAGUGAGGGCGGCCGGGCUCCUAAGCGGCUGAAGACUGACAACGCCGGCGACCAGCACGGAGGCGGUGGCGGCGGAGGAGCUGGGGCGGCGGGCGGCGGCGGCGGGGAGAACUACGAUGACCCCCACAAAACCCCUGCCUCCCCAGUUGUUCAUAUCAGGGGCCUGAUUGACGGCGUUGUGGAAGCUGACCUUGUGGAGGCCUUGCAGGAAUUUGGACCCAUCAGCUAUGUGGUGGUGAUGCCCAAGAAGAGACAGGCACUGGUGGAAUUUGAAGAUGUGUUGGGGGCUUGCAACGCAGUGAACUACGCAGCUGACAACCAGAUCUACAUUGCUGGUCACCCAGCUUUUGUCAAUUACUCUACCAGCCAGAAGAUCUCCCGCCCCGGGGACUCAGAUGACUCCCGGAGUGUUAACAGUGUGCUUCUCUUCACCAUCCUGAACCCCAUCUACUCCAUAACCACGGACGUUCUUUACACUAUUUGCAAUCCUUGCGGCCCUGUCCAGAGAAUUGUCAUCUUCCGGAAGAAUGGAGUCCAGGCCAUGGUGGAAUUUGACUCUGUGCAGAGUGCCCAGCGGGCCAAGGCUUCGCUCAAUGGGGCUGACAUCUAUUCUGGCUGUUGUACUCUGAAGAUUGAAUAUGCAAAGCCUACGCGCUUGAACGUGUUCAAGAAUGAUCAGGAUACUUGGGACUACACAAACCCCAACCUCAGUGGACAAGGUGACCCUGGCAGUAACCCCAACAAACGCCAGAGACAACCCCCUCUCCUGGGAGAUCACCCGGCAGAAUAUGGUGAGGGCAGGGGGUUCCCCUCCGUGGACUCCCGUGGCUCCUGUGCCCCUGCCCGCCGCCCGCCGCGCAAAUUCUCACCCGUCCUCCCUCUCUUUCCUUCCCACCCCCCAGGAGGGCCCCACGGUGGGUACCACAGCCAUUACCAUGAUGAGGGCUACGGGCCCCCCCCACCUCACUACGAAGGGAGAAGGAUGGGCCCACCCGUGGGGGGUCACCGUCGGGGCCCAAGCCGCUACGGCCCUCAGUAUGGGCACCCCCCACCCCCUCCCCCACCACCCGAGUAUGGCCCCCACGCCGACAGCCCUGUGCUCAUGGUGUAUGGCUUGGAUCAGUCUAAGAUGAACUGUGAUCGAGUCUUCAAUGUCUUCUGCUUGUAUGGCAAUGUGGAAAAGGUAAAGUUCAUGAAAAGCAAACCAGGGGCCGCCAUGGUGGAGAUGGCUGAUGGCUAUGCAGUGGACCGGGCCAUAACUCACCUCAACAACAACUUCAUGUUUGGGCAGAAGAUGAAUGUCUGUGUCUCCAAGCAGCCAGCCAUUAUGCCUGGCCAGUCAUACGGGCUAGAAGAUGGGUCCUCCAGUUACAAAGACUUCAGCGAGUCAAGGAACAAUCGCUUCUCCACCCCAGAGCAGGCAGCCAAGAACCGCAUCCAGCACCCCAGCAAUGUGCUGCACUUCUUCAACGCCCCUCUGGAGGUGACCGAGGACAACUUCUUUGAGAUUUGUGACGAGCUGGGAGUGAAGCGGCCAACUUCUGUGAAAGUAUUCUCAGGCAAAAGUGAGCGCAGCUCCUCUGGGCUGCUGGAGUGGGAAUCCAAGAGCGAUGCCCUGGAGACUUUGGGUUUCCUGAACCAUUACCAGAUGAAAAACCCAAAUGGCCCUUAUCCCUACACUCUGAAGCUGUGCUUCUCCACUGCCCAGCACGCCUCCUAAUUAGGUGCCCAAGAAGAACCCACCUGAGCAGGAAAACCUUUCUUUUCUUUACGCCAUUGAUUUUGUUUUUGUUGGUUUCUUUUUUUUUUUUUUUUUUUUUUUUUUUUUGCAAACAUUCUUCUAUUCCUUUUCUAAAUGCUAGGUUAGUAGAGGCUUAACCAUAAUGGAAAUGCUGGAAGUCUGAAGGGGGAGGGAGAGGGGACCUGAUAUCUCCCAAGAUUAACCUUCACUUUUUAAAAAUUACUGUACAUGUGAUUUUUUUUUUUUUCCUGUUCAUACAUUUGUGCUGCCUCAUGUACUCUUGGCACAUUUCAAUAAAAUUGUU